GGGAGGGAGCCUUUCAUAAUGGCCUGUGUAAACUGAUGCUCGUGCAGUCAGAGUUGGAAGUGCUGCUCCUACAACUUAAAGCAGAGGACAAACAGCAACCAAAUAAAGCAGCUGCAGAAGCAAAUUGGACGGGUUUUUUUGUUUUUUAAUUGAAAAAAAAAAUGUCUCUUUUACUGAAGGUUUUGAAAUCCAAUUGUAAGCAGGCUCUUGAACCCGAGAGAUGGGGUUGCUUUUAUCGUGUGGUUUUUGUCUGCAGGUUUCAACAGCUGCCCAAAAUGUCUAGCAGCCCCGCUCUGGAGGUGCAAAAUAAUCCAGCGGCAAAAGCAGCAGCAGAGGACAAAGAGGAGGAGAUGGCAGUGGCGGAGGGAGCAGGAGGGCUGUUGAAGCCUGCCCAGCACCACCGCCACCACCACAGGGUGAGGAGCCUGCAAGAAAUGCCUGGACCCAACCUCUUCUGCAACCUGUACGAGUUCUUCUGGAAAGACGGCUUCAGCCGCAUUCAUGAAAUCCAGCAAAAGCAUACUCAGGAAUAUGGAAAGAUCUUCAAGUCUCACUUUGGUUUCCAGUUUGUGGUAUCCAUUGCAGACAGAGACAUGGUUGCUCAGGUUCUCCGGGCAGAGGGUAGAGCUCCACAAAGAGCUAAUAUGGAAUCCUGGCAGGAGUACAGAGACUUACGCGGAAGAGCCACCGGACUCAUUUCUGCGGAGGGGGAUCAGUGGCUAAAAAUGAGGAAAGUACUAAGACAGAAAAUCCUAAAACCCGAAGAUGUAUCUGUUUUCUCUGGACCAGUCAAUGAAGUUAUUACUGAUUUAAUUAAGAGAAUCCACACUCUCAGGAGACAAGAGGAAGAUGGGGAAACUGUGACCGAUGUAAACAACCUCUUCUUCAAGUAUUCUAUGGAAGGUGUGGCAACUAUUCUGUAUGAAUGCCGAUUAGGGUGCUUGGAAAACAGUGUCCCAGAGAAGACUGUAGAAUACAUUGAGGCUUUGGCAUUGAUGUUUAGCGUGUUUAAGACCGCUAUGUAUUCAGGGGUUAUUCCCAAAUGGCUUCGUCCACUUAUUCCAAAACCCUGGAAUGUUUUCUGCAGAUCCUGGGAUGGACUCUUCAAAUUCAGUCAAAUCCAUGUUGAUAACAAGUUAAAGGAUAUUCAAUCCCGGCUAGAACACGGAGAAGAAGUAAAAGGUGGGCUGCUCACAUAUCUCCUAUUAAGUAAAGAGCUUACCUUGGAAGAAAUCUACGCCAAUAUGACCGAAAUGCUUCUGGCAGGAGUGGACACAACUUCUUUUACUUUGUCCUGGGUAACAUUCUUGUUGGCAAAACAUCCUGAAGUUCAGCAGUCUGUGUAUGAAGAAAUAGUUAAUAAGUUGGGCAAGGACCAUGUUCCCACUGCAGAUGAUGUCCCUAAAUUGCCAAUGAUAAGAGCUGUGCUUAAAGAAACCCUGAGGUUAUUCCCAGUAUUACCAGGCAAUGGUAGGGUGACUCAAGAAGACCUCAUUGUUGGAGGAUACUUGAUACCUAAAGGGACCCAGCUGGCACUUUGUCAUUAUGCUACAUCUUACGAUGAAGAGAAUUUCCCAAUGGCAAAUGAGUUCCAACCUGAGCGCUGGCUGAGGAAAGACCAUAUGGACAGAGUAGACAACUUUGGUUCCAUCCCAUUUGGUUAUGGCAUUCGCAGUUGUAUAGGAAAAAGAAUUGCCGAACUGGAAAUUCACCUUGUACUGAUUCAGUUGCUUCAAAAUUUUGAGAUCAAAAUUUCUUCCAAAACAAAACCAGUUCGUGCUAAAACCCAUGGACUUUUGACUCCUGGAGACUCCAUCAAUGUGAAAUUUGCUAACAGGAAGUAAGAAUCUAAAGUUUAGUAAAUUUUGGUAUACUCUUCUGAG